AUGGAAUUGCACUUGCACGACUCACCUUUCAUAUUGCGUACAUCCUUUAGUUCGCCCUUCAAUCCUGUCACCUUGUGUCCUAACUGCAAGAAACAAUAUCAGUCAGCGGAGGCGGUGAUCGAGCACCUCAAUAGUGCAGAUACGUGCUGGCCAGAGAAUCUCAUCAAUGGAUCAAGGCUGCCAGUCCCACAGGCUCUGCAACGACCGCCUGAGCAGAUAAACUUGUCAGCAAUAUAUCACCCCACCUCUGGCUACCACUACCUAAUUCCAGAUCAACCUCCUCCGCAAAAUAUAUUCCAAGAAAUGCAAAGCCACCCUCUUCAACAAACUAGAGAGACCAAUGUAUGGUAUCCAUUCGACGGGCCAGGUGAAUGGUCCCUUGCAAAAUUUCUUGUCGAGAACCUUUCCCAGACGCAGAUCGAUAAAUUCCUCAAGUUGGAUUGGUGUACAAAGCUUAAGCUCAAGGGCUAUGAAAGUGAACAGCCGAUUCAUCUUAUCUGGAGGGAUGGUUUGGAGGUGACGAAGCAGCUUUUUGCAAAUCCCGUCUAUGCAAACCAUAUGUGCUACGACCCUCACUAUAUCUAUCAAGGACAAGAGUGUCAAUUUGGAGAAUUCUGGACGUCAGAUGACGCAUGGGAGAUUCAGAAUCAGCUGCCUGAAGGGGCGACUAUUGUUCCAAUCAUUGCCGCCUCUGACAAAACCCCGGUAACAAGACAUAUGGGUGGCCUCGAGAUGUACCCACUAUUCUUAACUAUCGGAAAUAUUCAGGCCGACUGCAUGGAUCUUGUGUGUUCGAACUUGAAGAUCGCAGCUCGCAUUGGCGAGUACAUGAUCAAUCCCUCAGCCAGACAACGCUAUUGCUUCACCCCUCUUAUCAGCCACAUCGCUGACCUCCCCGAACAACUGAUGAUUGCAUGCCUCUGUGAUCAUGUCGACCCAUGGGAUCUUAUUGCAUUCGUGAGAGAGGCCAAGAAGCUCCAUCUCAGUGGGGUGCACUUGCCGUACUGGAGGAACUGGAGGCACUCAAAUCCUGCUAGGUUCCUGACACCCGAAAUCUUGCACGCACUGCACAAGUUUUUUUUCGAUCAUGUUCUUAAGUGGAUCAAACAGAUCAUGGGCCAUGAACUUGAUGUACGGUUCAAGAGCCAUCACAAGCGCACCGGUGUCCGCCAUUUCUCUGGGGGUGUCUCUCAUGUCAACCAAAUGACUGAACGAGAGCACCGAGAUAUUCAGCGCACAAUUGUGCCGACACUGUGGGGUAUCGCAAGCCCCAGUUUUAUCUGUGCUGUACGGGCAAUGAUCGACUUUAUCUACCUUGCUCAGAACCCCCUCCACACUGAAUCCAGCAUUGCUGCUAUGACUCAAGCGCUUCGGGAUUUCCAUGAUAACAAACAGGCUAUCCUCGACACAGAGGCCCGACAGGGAAAGGGCGGCGCCAAAGAUGACUUUUUCAUUCCAAAACUCGAACUUAUGCAAAGCUUCCCUCGCGCCAUCUUCCACGUCGGUCCACUCAUGCAGUGGACAGCAGACGUAUCGGAACACCUUUUGAUAACUCACUGCAAACAUCCCUUUGAACGCAUGAGUCGUCAAAAGGAUUUCGUUUUGCAGAUAGCACGCAUCCUCGAUCGGGAGGAGACCAUCCGGCUUUUCGACCUUUAUACAUUGCUAUCCACAUCUUCGUCUACGCCUGGUCAGGAUCCGCUCAUCAAUGCCAUCACAAUGGAGGAAGAGGAGAUUGCCAGCACAGAGACAGAUCCUACCUUUGCUUGGGUCUCCAACGCAAACCCAGCCGCCCAGCUGCAUCUUCAGGCACCGCGCCCUGUCCGCAAUCACUUCUUGAAAGGGAUCGUGUCUGACAACGCACGCAUUGCAUUCAAUGUGACGGUGAAAGCGGAUCGCAGCCGCCUCGACGUGUCUCAGCUGCAGUUGCUAUACAAUAUUCCCGACUUCUCUCAAGCUUUACAUCUCUACGCGACUCGCAAUGGGUGCACUGUCCCCAGCUGGUUAGCUUUCAACACCUGGUCAAAAUUUCGGAUUCAACUACAUUCCACAUUUCAUCUAUGCAGAAUUAUGCCAAGCCAACAGAUUCACGCUGAUCCACCUUCCACCAAUUUCCCUCAAGGGAACUGUGAUACCGUGUUGUUUAACCGGAUGGUUGAUGGCGGUAGUGAUGAGUCUCGUGUAGCUCAAGUACGAAUUAUAUUUCAGCCAACUCACCCCCGAGGAUCGCAUGCGCAAGUACCUGAGCGCUUGUCUCAGGUGCUGGUGUACGUCCAGCAUUUUGACUUCAUUGUGCCUGGUCCCGAGCCAUCUACGGGCAUGUGGAUGGUCAGACGAUCAUAUACUCGAUACCCUCCGCAGUCAGAGAGGGUAAUCUGA